AUGUUUGAACGCCGUCGGAUCCUGCGCCGGAUCGCUAAUCGCGAGUCAGCGCGGCGCGUGCGCGCUCGGCGGCUUGACCUGCUCGAUGACAUGGCGCAGAAGGCCAAGGAGAUGGAGGAAGCUAAUGGGUGGCUGCUGCAGCGGCUGGCGAGCGUGGAGAGCAAGCACAGCGCGAUGGUGAACGAGGUGCAGAGUCUUGACGCGGACCUGCGAGUCAAGAGCGCCGAGAAUGAGGUUCUGCACGGCAAAGUUCAACAGAUGCGCAAGUCCUUCACGGAGGCGGAUGGGCAGGCCAUAAAGGCGGUGCUGAGGUCAGCGCCAGCUCAGCUCACGCGCGGCGAUGCCAGCUUCCCGGCAGCUGCGGUGCGAAACGGCGCUGAGCUGGCACCUGCGCAAGGUGUGUUCAGUGGCGUGUACAGCCCCGGCCUGAUGGCUGCAGAGGAAAGCUGCGCACUGCUCUCCUCAAGUUCCCCAGCCUCCGGUGGCUUGCCUGGUGGCACCCCCUUCGGCUUCGCCACUGCAGCGCCCGACCUUACUAUGCCGCAGAUAGAGCCGAUCGACCGCUCUUUCAGCGAGUUUCUCAAGGAUGAAUUCGCACGAAAUGGGGGGAUAUGA